AUGGUUAUGAGAUGUGUAUCCACGGUGUCCUUCUCGGUGAGUAUCAACGGCAAACUAGGUAGCGCUUUUAUUUCCUCACGUGGCCUUCGCCAGGGGGAUCCAUUGUCUCCGUACCUCUUCAUUUUGAUUAGUGAAGUCCUCUCUCGUAACGUGGAUGAUGCUGUGUGCCGUGGCUGCCUACAUGGGGUCCGUCUUUGUCGGAAUGGCCCAACCAUAUCCCAUCUUUUAUUUGCUGAUGAUUCACUAUUUUUCAUCCGUGCUACAACCCAGAACUGCAAUGUCUUGAAAAAGAUUGUCGGUGACUAUUGUUUGGCUUCAGGCCAAAUGCUCAAUGUGGAUAAAUCAUCCUUAUUUUUAAGCCCAAAUGUCUCUGAUACGCUAGCUGGGGAAAUCAGUACUACGCUCGGAGUAUCCCCAACACUUGAUCCUGGCACGUAUCUGGGUCUGCCAUCUAUAUGGGGGAGAUCUAAAACUGUAGCUCUGAACUACAUUGUUGAUCGUAUCCAGAAAAAAGUCCAGGGAUGGAAGUCAAAAUUCUUAAACCUUGAUGGAAAGGAGGUUUUGAUUAAGGCAGUGGCCUUGGCUGUGCCAACGUACCCAAUGUCCUGCUUUAAAUUCCCUUCGACCAUUUGCAAACAAAUUAAUGGUGUUCUUAGCAAGUUUUGGUGGAGCAAUGGUGAUUCCAACGCUCACAUUCACUGGAAGAUGUGGGAGGUGUUAUGCCUUUCAAAGGCUGAGGGUGGCUUGGGUUUCAGAGAAUUAGAGAACUUCAAUUUGUCCCUCCUGGCAAAACAGUGUUGGCGUAUAUGGAAUAAUCCUGAUUCCUUUUGGGUGCGUGUCCUGAAAGCCAAGUAUUUCCCAGAUGGUGAUUUCCUUAAAGCUAGAAGGGGGCCUUGCCCUUCUUGGGCAUGGGCUAGCCUUUUGGAAGGUUGA